CAUAUUCACGGCUCUGUGUCGAUGCUUACCACGAGACAGCACCCGGUGUCUUGCGACUAUGUUGGCAGCACCAUGGGUGUGCCGUAGCUGUGUGCGGUCCUUGAGACGCGCCGGCGUCUCUCACUUUGUUCGGCGGGCCAGCACAGAAUCUCCCGUCACACUUCCAUCCGCCCUCCUCGAGCGCGCGCGCAAACUCGCUGCCGAGCACGACCAAUUAAGCGCGGUUUUAGAAAAUGACUUCGACGCAAAAAAGGCCAAACGGGCAGGCGAAAUCUCGAGGGUCGCCAGCGCCCUCAAGGAACUCGAAAAAGCCAAGGCUGCCCUCGGUGAGCUCCACGGCCUGCUAGAGUCGAACGAUGCCGAGAUGCGGGAACUGGCGAGGGACGACCUCGAGGCCACAAACGCCCAGCUCGCCGACUCGAGCCACAACCUCUCGAUGGCCCUGACGCCCAAGCACCCAUUCACCGACAUGCCCUGCCUACUCGAGAUACGGCCCGGUCCUGGAGGCACCGAGGGGCGCUUCUUCGCCGACUCGCUCUUCCACAUGUACAAGGCGUACUGCUCGAACAAGGGCUACCGGACCCGGGUUGUGCAGUACGAGGCGUCGGACAGCGACGGCCAGACCGGUUCCGAGGGAGAAAUCCCGCUGCAAGAAGCCGUGCUGGAGGUGCAGGAGCCCGGCGCGUACGGCCUCUUCCGCGGCGAGGCGGGCAUGCACCGGGUGCAGCGGGUACCCGCGACCGAGAAGAGCGGGCGCACGCACACGAGCGCCGUGGCGGUAUGGGUGCUCCCGUCCUUUCCGGAGAACAGCACGUCGGAGUCCGAGGCCGACUGGGAUAAGCCCGAGAGCGACUUUUACAUCGACCCGACCGAGGUGCGGUGCGAGACGAUGCGGGCGGGCGGCGCGGGCGGGCAGCACGUCAACAAGACCGAGUCGGCCAUCCGGCUGACCCACAUCCCCACGGGCACGACGGUCAACAUGCAGGACUCGCGGUCGCAGCAGCGCAACCGCGAGACCGGGUGGCGGCUGCUGCGGUCCAGGCUGGCCCAGCAGCGGCGCGAGGCGAGGGAGGAGGCGGCGCGCCAGCUGCGCAGCAGCGUGCUGGCGAACUCGCAGAUCACCCGCGGAGACAAGAUCCGGACGUACCAGUACCAGCAGGACCGGUGCACCGAUCACCGGAGCGGGUUGAAUGCCCAUAACCUGCCGGAUGUCCUUCGGGGCGGCGAGACGUUGGGGAAGGUCAUGGACAGUGUUCAAAACUGGCUGAUCAACAAGGACAUUGAGGCGCUCAUUGCUGACGAGGAAGCGGCUGCCGCCCCGAAGAAGAAGAAAGGCAGGUAACCUCCUCCCGACUUUACUUCCAUGUAUUAUGAAUGAACCUUUGUACAAUACAUUACAGACAGACAAAUGGAUAGAUCGAAUACCCGAAUAGAUAGCGAGAACUUGAGUCGAGGUUUGGGCUUCACCCCUCAUCCGCAAACGCCCGGUGUCACUAAGCCUCGAGAUACCUCUUGGGGAAACCUUGAGCUUGUCU